UGCAAGCACCUGAAAAAUUCACGCAUUUUUAUGUCAAAAAGUUUGAGGUUUCUUACUGCCUUGGAAAUUAUUUUGGAAUUUUACUGUUUAUUCAGCUAGCUAGUAGUAGUAGUAGUAUCCUUUUGUGAUGUUGCGCGGUAAUCAUGGUGGCCAUGCAUGGGCUCCCGCUCCACUCCCGGCGCCAACUUUAAGCCGUUGCUCAACUCAACGGUCACCACGCUGUCCCGCGCGCUCGGUAUUUAAGCCUCACCGCGCGGCACACACAUCACCAAGAACAAACAAACAACGUUGCAACACCAGCAAGUACGUACGCGACAGACAGCUCCAGCUCUGCUCGGUGCAAGUGCAAUGGCGUCGAGCCCCAGCUCCAGCUCCAGCCUGAGGAGCUCCUGCUCCUUCCCCAACCUGCUGCUGUGGCUCCUCAACCUCUCCCUGCUCGCCCUCGCCGCCGCCGCGCUCGGCCCGGCGCUGCUGCUCCGGCCCCGCCCCACGCCCUUCGGCUGGGCGCUCGUCUCCGUGCACGCCGCCACGCUGCUCUCCGCGCUCGCGUCCAUGUACACCCACCUCGCCCGCCGUCGCCUCUGCUGCCACGCCCACGCGGCCCUCGCGGUCGCCGCGCUCUGCGGCCACGCGCUCGCCUCCUACGCGCUGCUCCUCCGCCGCGACCGCAGCCUCGCGCUGCUCGGGUCGGCGCGGGACCGGAGGGAGCAGGUCGCGCUGGUGCUCCUGGAGGGGGCGCUGCUGCUGGCCAUGUUCCUGGUGCAGGCCGUGGAGCUGGCGGUUGCCUGCGCCGUGGGCCGGCGGUGGGCGAGGGAGCACGAGGCGGCCGAGGCCGAGAAGGCGAGGAAGCGCGGGAGGAAGAUGGCGCGCGUGCAGCAGGCAGAGUCGGCGGAGGCCGGCGUGGGGGCAGUGGAGGAGGAGAAGGGGACGAGCGGCAAGGUGGCGCUCCGGGGAAGGAUCAGCCAUGAUGUGCCGUGUGUUUAA